AUGUCGCUCAAUCAAGAAUCGGAAAACUCAGUCUUUGCUGAUCCUGCUAGUGACAAGGUUGCCCCUGACGGCACAGGUGUCGUGCAGCUUGACCCCUGGCUCUCCCCAUUCAAAGACGCCCUCAAACACAGAUUUAGCAAAGCUCAGGGUUGGAUAAAAACUAUCGACAAGACAGAAGGUGGGUUGGAGAAGUUCUCUAGAGGUUUUGAGAAAUAUGGCUUCACCUUUGCCGAUAACGGAGACAUCACCUACCGAGAAUGGGCACCGAACGCUGAAAAGGCAUUUUUGAUAGGAGACUUCAAUAAUUGGGAUAGGGAUGCUACACCCAUGCAAAGGGACGACUUUGGGGUCUGGUCAGUCACUUUACCUGCAAAAGACGGAGUACCUGUCAUUCCACACAAUUCAAAAGUGAAGAUCUCAAUGGUGAUUCCAGGUGGAGAGCGCAUUGAGAGAGUUCCGGCAUGGAUCACGAGGGUCAUGCAGAACCUUGAAGUCUCCCCUGUCUACGAUGCUGUUCUCUGGAAUCCUCCAAAGAAUGAGAGAUAUGUGUUCAAGCACCCUCGACCAAAGAAGCCUGCCAGCGUACGCAUCUACGAGGCACACGUGGGAAUUUCUUCUCCGGACCUCAAAAUUGCAUCGUACAAAGACUUCACCAAGAAUAUGCUUCCACGAAUACAAAACCUAGGCUACAACGUCAUACAAUUGAUGGCCAUCAUGGAACACGCCUAUUAUGCCUCCUUUGGCUAUCAAAUCAAUUCGUUUUUCGCUGCUUCUUCCAGAUACGGCACUCCUGAUGAUCUGAAAGAGCUGAUAGACACCGCUCACAGUAUGGGUAUCACUGUACUACUCGACGUGGUUCAUUCCCAUGCAAGCAAGAACACUCUCGACGGACUUAAUAUGUUUGAUGGCUCAGAUCACUUGUACUUUCACGAAGGUGCAAAGGGACGGCAUGAGUUAUGGGAUUCUCGAUUAUUCAACUACAGCCAUCACGAAGUUCUCAGAUUUUUGUUGUCAAAUCUCCGUUUCUGGAUGGAUGAGUAUCAGUUUGACGGUUUCCGAUUCGAUGGUGUAACCUCAAUGCUCUACACUCAUCACGGCAUCGGGACCGGCUUUUCGGGCGGUUACCACGAGUACUUUGGCCCUGGCGUUGACGAGGACGGUGUCGUCUAUCUCAUGCUCGCUAACGAGAUGCUACAUAAUCUCUAUCCCGAAUGUAUCACAAUUGCCGAAGACGUCAGUGGUAUGCCCGCGCUCUGCCUCGCCCUCUCAUUAGGUGGCAUAGGUUUCGACUAUCGUCUCGCCAUGGCCAUUCCGGAUAUGUACAUCAAAUGGCUGAAAGAGAAAUCUGACGCCGAGUGGGACAUGGGUGCUCUCGCCUUCACCCUAACCAAUCGUCGUCACGGUGAAAAGACCAUCGCCUACGCCGAGUCGCAUGACCAAGCCCUCGUCGGAGAUAAAUCCCUGAUGAUGUGGCUUUGCGAUAAGGAAAUGUACACCCAUAUGUCUACCACCACAGAAUUCACCCCUGUCAUCGAACGCGGCCUCUCACUACACAAACUAAUCCGGCUCGUCACCCACGGCCUAGGCGGGGAAGGCUACCUCAACUUCGAGGGAAAUGAGUUUGGCCACCCAGAAUGGCUCGAUUUUCCGCGGGCCGGAAAUGACAAUUCAUACUGGUACGCCCGCCGCCAAUUCAACCUCCCCGAUGAUGAUCUGUUGCGUUACAAAUUCCUGAACGAAUUCGACCGCAAAAUGCAAUGGACCGAAGAGAAAUACGGUUGGCUCCACUCUCCGCAAGCCUACAUCAGCCUCAAGAACGAAACCGACAAAGUCCUCGUCUUUGAGCGUGCAGGUCUACUCUGGAUCUUCAAUUUCCACCCCACGAACUCCUACACGGAUUACCGGGUCGGAGUGGAGCAGCCCGGUGUGUAUAGGAUUGUGAUCGAUACGGAUGCGAAGGAGUUUGGUGGGUUUGAGAGGAAUGCGCAUGAGACGAGGUUUUUUACGACGGAUUUGCCAUGGAAUGGUCGUAAGAACUUUACCCAGGUUUAUUUGCCUACUAGGACUGCAUUGGUCCUUGCACUGGAGAAUACGCUGUAA